CUCCGCCGAGUGAGGCCUGUGUCGCCAGGCCAGCCAUUUUGGUAAGCGUAACAUGGCGUCGCCGCCGGAGAUUAAUAUGGCGUCCUCGGACAUAAUAACCGAAGUGGAGAUUCAACCGGACAUCCAGGAGGUCGAGAUAGAGACGAUACCAGUGGAGAUACCGUGCGAGACCGUGGAGACGACGAUCGAGGGUGAGGACGGGCAGCCGAUGAUAGCGCUGCAGCCACUGCCGGAGCCGGGCCGCGAGGAAAUCAUACUGCAGACACAAGAGGAGAUCGUCGGCGCCGACCCGCUCAGCGUGUACGACCAGAUUCCGGUGCCGGACAACGACAUUUAUGUCGAGUCCAGCCCGGGGCCGUCGCGCAAGGCCGCAAAGAAGGCCCGCAAGAGCGGUGGAGCGCGCUUCCGCACGUCCGAGCACGCGAUCUUCGGCGAGAUGGCCACCGAGACCAAGGCUAGGAAGUGGGAACAGAAGCAGGUGCAGAUCAAGACGCUCGAGGGCGAGUUCUCGGUAACGAUGUGGGCGUCCGGCACGGACGAUGGUAACAUCCUAUUAGCGCCUGACCUGGAUGUGGAUGUUCCAGAUGAAGGUUCGAAUCCAGAACCAGAUCCCGACUACACGGAAUACAUGACGGGCAAGUCCAAUACCAAGUUCAAUUCAAACAGCUCGGUAUCAGACGGUAUGCCCGGUUUGGAUCUUUCUGAUCCGAAACAACUCGCCGAAUUCGCGCGGCCAGGUCACAAGCUGAAGGUGCGCAAACCCCCGGUGAUGGAUGGUGUCGAGCGAACGAUCGCGUGCCCUCAUAAAGGAUGCACGAAGAUGUUCCGGGACAACAGUGCGAUGCGCAAGCACUUGCAUACGCACGGGCCGCGGGUGCACGUGUGCGCGGAAUGCGGCAAGGCUUUCGUCGAAAGUUCUAAGCUUAAACGACACCAAUUGGUGCACACGGGCGAGAAACCGUUUCAGUGUACGUUCGAGGGAUGUGGCAAGAGGUUUAGUCUUGACUUCAAUCUUCGUACUCACGUGAGAAUCCACACCGGCGACCGGCCGUACGUGUGUCCGUUUGACGGAUGCAGUAAAAAGUUCGCACAAUCGACGAAUCUUAAGUCGCAUAUAUUAACUCACGCAAAGGCCAAAUCUCGAAACGCGAUUGGGAGACAAGUACAACAAAUUCAACUUCAACAGCCUCAAUUUGUCCAGGUUGAAGUUGCAGAUGUGGACAAUCAACAGUUCAUUGUCUACGCCGAUUAGCCCCCCUAAAAACACUGAUCUCGUAUAUCUCCCGCUGAACACUACUACUGUCUACUACUAAAGUGUCGUACAGCGAUACUUUAGUAUUAAAGUAUCGUAACCAUUAAUUAUUAAUCUAAAUAAUGUAAAUAUUUUUACGGCGCGUACAAGUUUUGUCAUUACACAUGACACAGACAGUCAACUAGCCUGUCUUAAGAGAAUUAAUGGAAAAAUUAAUACCUCUGUGCUUACAAGAAGUUGGCAAGAACUAGAAAAUCAGUUUUCAAUUUUAAAAGAUUUUAUGAAUGCUUGAAGAAUGCUCAUUAAUUAAACAAAUCAUUAGGAAUGCACGGCUCCUUGUUUUUUCUAAUAAAAAAUUUAAAAAGUUAUUCAAAGUCAGAUUGCGUAUUUCAUAAAGAAGUAUUUUAUAACUAUUGUAAAUUAGCUCUCAUGGCUGUGCUAAGUAGAGCAUUUGCGUCACUUUUGAUUCGCAUGUCUCGAGUCCAAAACCAAAUUAAUGCUUUUACAUGACAAACUUGUUGCGAAUUAAAUAUUAAUAAAAAUUGGACAGUUUACAUUUUAUUCAUAAAAGCAUUCUUGUUAUAACAAAUUUUUCACAAUAAUGAAGAUUAAAUAAAAACAAAGCACAAUGCGUUUUGUUACUAAGAACAUCAAUAAAGAUCUUUUUAUACGCGAAAGUUCUUUUUUUGUAAAAUUUUGAACAAAAAUUAAAUUUGAAUAUUUAAUGAAGAAAAUAAGAGUAUCGCGCUUCAGAAGCACCUGAGACACGCAAAUUAAAAGUUACGACGUGGAUGUUUUAUUAGUACAGUCACGGUGGCUAAUUUAUAAAUUAUAAAAUAUCUUUAUAUAGUAUGCAACCUGAUUUUAAACAACUUUAUCAAUAAAAAAAAAAUUUUUAAACAAGGGGCUGUGCACUCAUAAUGUUUUGCUUAAUAAAUAAGUAUUUUUCAAGUUGUUCGCAGAUUUUUUAAAUUGAAACUUUUUUUAAUUAAAACUAAUUUUCUAGUUCUUGCUUAUUCCUUGUUAGAUAUGAAUUAAUUAAAGAAUGUGUUUGGAGCACUAUAUUAUCGUAAAAACACGAGAGGGCAAAUAAAAUUAAGCAAGAUUUAAAGGAAAAAAAGAAAAAAAAAGAUUAUGUACCUUCUAAGAUAACACGAGCUAGACUGUGUUGCGUACUGCUCAAUUUCUUGUUCUAUCAAGAGAAAUCGAGUACGCUCGCAUAUAUACACACAUACAUAUAUAUACAUAUACACGAACACGUACACACGAGACUGUAUAUAUAUAAAUAUAUAUAAGUACAAUUAAAAUAUUGUAUACAGUAUAUUUUGGAGAAAUUCAGAUGGGAAUAAACCACGAAGAUGCAUCUUUUUCCGUCGGACUCAAUUAUACCAUCUUGGUAACAUACGAAUUUUACACUGUAUAAUGCUGAGACUUGUUAAUAGUUGAGAGAAAGGGAAGGAGGUUAAGCGUGCGUAACGUAUAUUACGAAAUCCGUAAAUAUCACGCGAUCUUUAUCGUAUAUUUCGCGAUAUAAUUUUUUUUCCUUUGGUUGGGGACAUAAUCUAAAAGAUACGAAACAUGUUUGACAGAUAUGGAAAGAAAAACGUAUUUGAAAAAAUUGUACAAAAGUAUAUCUUAAUGAUGAUACUAUACCCGAUGUGAUAUUUGCGAAAAAAAAAGGAAAAAAAAACGUGACGUUUGCACGCGCGCAUCGAAUGACUUGGAACGAUACUCGGUGAUACGUGAAAUUUCGAGUAAGAAGCAAUAUAACUAUGGAUAGAUUUAAUAUCGAAUUAGAAUAAAAUGAUUACUGCGUGCAUCUCUCAUUACGUCAUUGAUCAUAAUUAUAUUUGCAUAUCAUAAUUUUAUACGCGCGAUGUUAACUGACAUACUUAUGACAUAAGUACACAUGUGCACCAGCCUGCAUUGAAUUAAGCGAAUUUUGGAAUAAUUUGUUUAAAUCCUGUAAAGUAUAUAUACAUAUAUAUAUAUUCUUUCAUAAAAAAA